AAUGCAACGAACAACAGAUUUACGAUUUCUGAAAAGAAUGAUUUAUUAAGCAUAAUUUUUUUUUAUUGUCACAUUAUUGAAAACAAAAUAACUGAUAAUAUAAGUACUGUACAAAAAGAAGAAGCAUGGACAAGUAUAACAAUAGAGUACAAUAAGAAUAGAACUAUUAUCAGAUCUGAAAAAAGUUUACGUGUUUGUUGGGAAAAUAUAAAAAGAGAUACGAGAAAAUACUGCGCAACAGAAAGACGUGAAAGUUAUAGAACAGGUGGAGGUGUAGUGAAUUUAAAAAAAAAUGACUUGUUUGAAAGAGCCCGAGAAAUUAUGGGUGAAACCACAGUAAAUGGAUUAUCUAAUCCAUUUGAUUCCGAUUGUAUUGAAAAUGUCAGUACUGUUGGUAAUAUAUUACAAGAUAAAAAUAAACUGUCACAAAAAGAAGAAAAUAAUUCAGCGGAAAUA